AGAAAGUUUCCAGAGAGCAAAUGAUCUAUAUCCAUCAGGCUACUCCUGGAAAUUACCAAAAAUGAUUUGGGAAUCCAGGGAACAACGAGGUUCUCCAUCUUUUCUUCCUAAAGAAACAAAGACAUCUGGUGUAUCACUCGGAGGAAGAGGUACAGGAGUAAUAGGAGACAGUCGAAGAGGAAUAGGAGGAGGCGGAGGAGGAGUAGGUCAAGGAGGAGGAAGAGGAGGAGGUCUAGGAAAAGGAGAUGAUGGAUUAGGAAAAUUAAUAAUACUGGGAGCACUGGGAGCGUGGUGUUUAUCGAAAUUUUGGGCCUGGUAUAAAAACAAAGGGGGUAAGAAAGGUGGAGGCGGAGGUGGCGUUGAUGAUAGAAAAAAAAGUGAUAAGGAUGGAAGUAAUAUUAAUGGAGGUGGAAGUGAUGAUGGCUAUAGCGGCACUUGGGACAAAAGAUGGAAACAAAUGAAAAAGAAUGCAGCGGAAGUGUUGCGAUACAAAGGCAAUAAUUACUAUCUCACUG